AUGAAACGAGAAUCCUCUUCGCCCUCCUCCCCUCUUCUCUUCUCUUCCUCGACGUAUCUAUCCCUCUACUUGGCGCUCGUAUUAUUCUCAUGCAUCGCAGAGGGCGCCCCUUCUCGAUCAUCUUCCUCUUCUUUCUACGACUUCAUAUUCCUUCGCUACACAGCCCCUUCUCCAGCCCCCUCGCCUCUUGACUCGCCUUCACAUCUCGCCCCCGCCCCAAGAGCCGACCAAUUAGUAGCAAAUCAGGUGUGCAACUGCUCGUCGGGCGAGUCGUGCUGCUACUGGCGCGACAGACCGUUCUGCUGCUCCGACUCCACGACAUGCUGCGGUUCUCUGUGCUGCCCCUCAGAUGGCGUGUGCUGCCGAUCUCGAACGUGGUCAGGAGUGUCAUCAUGCUGCUCGUCAUCGCAGUACUGUACUGCGUCUGGGGACUGCUCGGUGCUGCCCAUCAACCGCGAAGGCGACUGGUCGAUGUUGCCACUGAUGAUCGGAAGCUUCGUCAUGACCUUCGUUGUUUGCUGCUGCACUUGCGUAUGCAUAUCUCGCAUUAAUCGACGACGAGCAAUGCUCGCUGCAGCCGCGAACCCUGGCCUCCUGGGCAACAACCCCUCCACCAACUCUGCAUACCGAACAUUCCAAGCGCGAGGCAGCUACUCAAGGAGCCAGGGUGUCACGGCUAAAACGCUGCAGACGUUCCCAACACAAUCCUACCACCCAGGCUGCAUGCCGGCCGAGAACGCUCAGUGCAGCAUUUGUUUGCUGGAUUACGAGCCAGGCGAACAUUACCGAACCCUGCCCUGCAAUCAUCACUUCCACCAGCCGUGUAUUGACAGGUGGCUGUCGGACCAUGACACCUGCCCACUGUGCGUGCAAGUGGUGACCCAGUCCAUCCGGAUCGACAAGUGA